AUGUCAAGCCUCAAUUUACUUGACUCUAAUUCAUUAACUUCUCAAGACGAUUCACACGAUGAAAAAAUAACGCUUACAGAGACCAUCAAAGUUCCUGUAGAAAAGUAUCCAAGAUAUAACUUUGUUGGACGUAUCUUGGGACCUCGGGGAAUGACAGCUAAGCAACUAGAAGAAGAAACUGGUUGCAAGAUAAUGGUUAGAGGAAGAGGCUCUAGUAGAGUUUUGAACAAGAGAGAGUGUAACGGAGAAGUGGCUCCACUCCAUGUGGUCAUACAGUGCGAAGACUUCAAAUCUCGGGCACAUCAAAAAAUGAAAAAUGCAGUUGACGCUAUUAGCCAGCUGUUACAUCCUCCGCCAGAAGGAAAAGACGAGUUGAAGAGAAAACAACUAAUCGAAUUAUCCAUAAUAAAUGGUACUUACCGACCAACAUCUGCCACAAAAAUACCUCAGCAAUCUCCCAGAGUGCUAAGCCAGCACACAAGUAGUACAGAUUCAAAUCCAGAGUCCGAAUCUACACGAAUUAUUUCUUCUUUGAUUGACUCGUCUGCAAAGCAUUCUCGUGUUUUGGGUUAUAAUCAGAAGCGUUUUGAUCCCAUUCCUGAUCAAUCUUCACAGCAGUUGGCAUCAAUGGCUCAUAUCCUGUCUAUGCUACCUCCUAUGCAGCAGCAGGCUAUCAACUCUUAUUUGCUGUCAGAGUAUUAUAAAUACUUAUUAUCUUUCCCCCCAAGUCCUGAUCCAAAAAACAUUUCAUCAUUUAUGCCAACUCAGCCAUUAGAGGCGUUCAACAACUCAGCCUCAGCGCUUCACCCUCACUCCAUUAUCGCACAGGCGAAUUUACAACAGUAUUUACAAGCAGCAGCCAUGUUAAACUCCGUACCAUUUAUCCACGAUGGCUCAGGUGACUUUCAGAAGCCAAAGCGCCAUUAG